AUGUCUCGCAACCGCCCCCGGCCCCGCGAUAAUGGACUCGGCAACAACGAGGAGAUGGAGCUCUGGACCCGGAUCUGCCAGGACAUUCGAAAGUCGAAGGAGAAGUUUGACCAGCAAGCAUCGCUAUCGGUGCAGAUCAAGACGUUGGUCGACAAGAUUACUCGCGAGGGAAACAAACCCACAAUGUCGGAUCACGAUCAACUUGACACAUGGCUGCGGCAAAGCCAGAAGCUCAGCGAAGAAGAACGCUCGAUCAUGCAGGACGAGCCCUGCGACGUGAUCAAGAACUUGGAGCUGCUUACUGCACUCCGCAAAGCAUCCGAAGCGGAAGCGCCGACAAACCGCUCGUCCGCGCUCUCCAAGUCUCGCAAGAAAAGAACAGAAAUAGAGAGCUCGGCUGCCGACUCCCCGAGUGCCUCUGGCGUGGACAAAGGCAGUCGCUCCAAGGGCGGUGUCCCUCGCAGCACGAGUGUCUCAAGCAUUCAAGCGCGCGAGGGCCGGGGCGAUGGGAUUGCGGUGAAGGUUGAAGAAGGGUCCGAGGGCACUAAGGGAACUAUGGCUGAGCGCAGUGGUCUGCUGGUGGUCGGGGCGCAGGUUGUCUUUAAGCAUAAUAAGAACAAACAGGGAGUGGAGGGUGAAGGCAUACAGUGCAUCAUCAAGAACAUAUCUGGGGAUGGGCACAAGAAACGGUGGUAUGAUGUCCAAGACCCUGAACCCAAUGAAAAUGGCGAGGAAGGUGCUGUCUACAGGACGACUGCCGCCUCUCUUAUUCCCAUUCCGCAGGCUGGUUCCCCUUUGCCUUCAUUCUCCGUUGGCAAGCAGGUCCUUGCGCGAUACCCCGACACGACCACAUUCUAUCGGGCAGAGGUGAUGGGAGCCAAGAAAGAUGCCUACCGCCUCAAGUUCGAAGGCGAGGAAGACGACAAGGAGAUGGAAACCGAGCGGCGUUUUGUCUUGGACAUUCCAAACAAGUAA